AUGUCAACCCGGAGGAAGCAAAGGCUUCCGAAACACCUCGAUCCCCUGUCUCUCCUGGAUCAUCCCGAGAAUGGCUCAGCAGGAUUACUGGAUAAAGAGCUGAGCCUACUCAACCAAAAUAACUCAGGACAUCUCUCUGAUGAUGGAACGGCGAUCUCCGAACUGUCAUACAAGACCAAUGAAGCUGAAGACACAUCACAAGACGCUCACGUCUGUGGUAAGUGUCGACGCGAAUUUCUCGAGCUCAACGAGUUCCUACUGCACAAGAGAGCUUGCACCGGCAUUGGACCCCCUCAGCAGGAGGACAGCAAGUCGGGCGAUGGCGAGCUCCCCCCAACUCACGUGACCCUCGAAGCGCUCCGGGGAACUAGAGUGGCAGUCGCUCAGUUCAACACCCAAUCUUCCAACGAUGCUCCAGCAACCCCGGCGCUACAGGAUGCACUAGUUAGUCUUCGUCAACAACAAGCGGUUCAACUGCAGCUCUUCCAACAACUGGAAGCGUACGUUCGGAACAACGUCGGUGGACAUCCGUUGACGGCCAGCUUGGAGAGACCCGAUUCGCCGAAGGUACAGCCAGCCGAUACAACAAACCAGGAAGAGCUGGACGACGAGCGCGCAGCUGAAGAUCCUCGAGCCGCAACGAGCGAAAGCGAAGCCGAGGAUCGCUCCAAAAGCCCAAAGAUCAAGUCCGAGCAGGGUCCAGGUGGCCCUGUGAGUGUUCUGUGCGCUCCUCUGCCACCCGAUGCUGCCCCUGAGGUGACUCCAAAUGCGCCGAAUACUUUGGAGCUCCUGCAGAAACACACCGAGAAAGCUCUUCAGAACACGAUGUCCGGAGGCUCGUUCCUACUCAACGGCCUCGGCGCAUUUCCGGACGAAGCCAACGGGGACGGUAGACGAGGGGAGGGAAAAGACAAUUAUUUCAGGCACCGAUGCCGUUUCUGCGGCAAAGUAUUCGGUUCGGACUCCGCGCUGCAAAUCCACAUUCGCUCGCAUACCGGAGAGAGGCCGUUUAAGUGUAACGUUUGUGGAAAUCGAUUCUCCACCAAGGGAAAUCUUAAGGUGCACUUCCAGCGGCACAAAGCCAAGUAUCCGCAUGUUAAGAUGAAUCCACAUCCGGUCCCGGAGCAUAUGGACAAGCACUAUCCGCUUCUGGAACCUCCCGGAGAGCGGGUGUCGCCCCCACCGGGUCAACUACCCCUGGGCCCAUUACCGCUCCUGUCGACCGCUGGAAACGCACCGCUUCCCCUGGAUGAGAACGCUCGGUUUAGACUGAGUCUCGGAUUAGCAACUCCUCACUCGGCGGCGAAAUCAUUAUUAGCAGUUAGCGGCAACGGAGGAGACCUUCGUUUGGCUCCGGCCGCUACAUCAGACCUCCGGCUGCGCUCCUUCCCCAGCACGGAACGAUCCGUCGAAAACGCUACCAAUAAUCCUCUCGCGGAAAAUGUCCUCCUGCCGGGUAACUCGGUAUCGGCGCCUGGACUGUGGCAGUUAGCGAAGGAACUUCAGAAAAGUAGAGAGAGAGUGUUUGGCUUGGCAGAAUCGGCCAGUAGCAAUCACGACGAGGAAGAAGAAAGCAACGCUAGUGACAGGUCGCACGACAACGCCAAUCGUGAACUUAAUCUGAGUGCGAGCCCCGCGCCCGUGCCUGCGCCCUCGAACAGCCUUAAAGACCCCAUGAACGCCCAGGAGCCAAGAAGCAAAAGACUCCCUCUGGCAGAUGAAGAGGAGAAACUUGAUCGCGUGGAGCCCAUCGAAAAGCGAAGGCGCACCGAACAAGACAUAAGUUCCGAUUCGGCGCUCGUCCAGGGGCAAUCCGUUUCGGACAAGUCAGAAAUCUCUGAAUGCGACGACACCGGGAUGUCGGGAAUCGUCGUUCAAUCUCCGGACGGAGAUGCCCCUGCUGGUUACGAGUCGUGGGAAGAACUAAUGGAGGUUGCCACAGACACUGAAUCGGGAAUCCAGAAAUUGGUCGAACUCUCCGCCCAAAACGGCGGCGAGCCGAACCAAUGUGUCAUAUGCCAGCGGGUACUCAGUUGCCGAAGUGCGUUACAGAUGCACUAUCGAACUCAUACAGGGGAAAGACCCUUCAGAUGCAAACUCUGCGGAAGGGCUUUCACCACGAAGGGUAAUCUGAAAACACACAUGGGCGUACAUAGAGUCAAGGCCCCUCUUAGAGUAAUGCAUCAGUGUCCUCUUUGCUCCAAGCAGUUCACCAACUCACUCGUGCUCCAGCAACACGUUAGGAGUCACAAUAACAACACCGACUCCACAAACAGCACAACAGGUCAACCUCAGGACCUCAGCUGCACAUCUUCCCCAGGUCAGGGGCUUUCUCCUCGCGCUACUCCUUCCCCCCAAAGGCAGUCUCCGCCAGUGACUCCGAAUUCCCGAGCGUCGUUGGACAACCCAGAGUUGUUCCCGUCUCGAUCCCCUGGGGCGAGCGAGCUCAACAUGGGCAACGAUGACGGAUCGAGGUCUUCACCGGACAUUCGACCCGAGGUUACGUUCAGAGAGGGCGAACCCGACCUCUCGGAACCCAAUUCCUUGGGAAGACUCAACAGUUCUCCUCUAAGUCAUCCUGGUGUAGUCCCACCAGAGGCUCUCGCGAAUUUCAUCCCCGAUCUGACAGCUAGCAGGCGAAAAGCCACGAUCGAAGAGCUGAGACGAAAUUCUCUAAAUCCUAGUGAAAAAGCCGAAAACAACGGACCUUCGGACCGACACGAUGCUCGUCCGGAGAACGGCGGAGAGAACGGUUUCAGCAAGAACACGCUUGCCAUGCCUUUACUGUUGACUGGGGGGACCUCGUUGGCCGCGCUGGAGUCGUUGACAAAUGGAGCGCAGGGACUUGGCGGGAUCGCUUUGGGGCUCAUGGAUGGCCGGAUGAAUGCCGGCAAUAAUAAUUCAGCGACAACAGCGGCGUCCGAUCGACGCCGUUCCUCGCCCAAGCAGGAUCCAGUGCUCGAUCUCUCGUCGAAGCCACUCUCAAAGCUCAACACGACGAAUCCGACCGAUGCAGCCGCCCUGGCCGUCACUAACCUCCUGCAGACCAUCCACAACCAAGUGAAACCUCCCACGCAGGCGGAGCUUCUGGCCCAGGGAAAACUGUUACCGGGAUUGAGGUUUCCUGUGGCAUCGCCCAACGGGAGACCGAAUACCACCUGCCAGAUUUGCUACAAAACAUUCGCUUGCAACUCCGCGCUAGAGAUCCACUACAGAAGUCAUACUAAGGAGAGGCCCUUCAAGUGCGCGAUCUGCGAGCGUGGUUUCUCUACGAAAGGAAAUCUGAAGCAGCACAUGCUCACUCACAAGAUCCGGGAUCUCCCUCCCCAACUCUUCACGCAAACGAAUACGUCUCCGGGAGCGAUGAAUCCAAAUGCCAAACUGGGUACUGCCGCUCCGCAAGCUCUCCAAGUCCCGCUCCUGCCAACGUCGCCGAACAGCGGAGCCGGCGAGAACUCCUCAGACUCAUCCCGAGGAACAUCACCGUCGAUACAGAGUCCGCUAGGAUCGACUUCGUCGACGCCGACCAGUAGACACGUCUGCAAUUACUGCCAGAGACCUUUCUCCAGUUCCAGCUCUCUCCAGAUCCACCUUCGAACUCACACCGGAGACAAGCCGUUCCGCUGCGCCGUCUGUUCCCGCGCUUUCACCACAAAAGGCAACCUCAAGGUGCAUAUGGGCACUCAUGUAUGGAACCAGCAACAGAGCCAACAGCUGGCGCUGCUCGCACCAAAUAAUCAAGCGACGCCGCCCAAAAACGAAAACAAGAAGGGCAAGAAGCUCGAUCCGAUGGACCUCAAUCAGGUGAUGGCGAUUUCCCGGCCGGACCUGUACUUCAAUCCGUAUCUGAAUGCGAGCUUUUUGAAUGCUGCUGCCGCGUCUGGAGGUUUGCCUACUCUACUUGGAGGUCACGAACCCGACAGUCCGUUAUCAUUGGUGAAUAAAGGCGGCUCGUCCUCGGAGGCGAUGAGCUCUCCGCUGUCCUUAGUGAGGCAUCUUCAACAGCAAAUGCAAUAUCCGCUCGCGAAUCAUUUGCACAUCGGUGCGUCGUUGGACAACGGUGACUUACUCCGUCGCGAGAUUUCGGCCUCUCCAGAAUCCGUCUUGAGCUCCAAGUUCGAACCAGAUCCUGAAGCGCUCUCUCUGGUCAAGAAAGCUGGCUCUAAACAGAUGCAGGACAUCAACGACAACAACGAGAGACAUAAGGAACAGAUUCUUCCAGUGACAGAAGUCAAGCAGGAAGUUGAUGACCCGCUUACUCCCACCGAAACGCCGCAAUGA